GGGUUAUUCCCAUUUUACUCGUUGAAGAAGAAGAACAAAGCCACCCCCACAAAAAUUGACAAAAAAUAAGCAAAAAAUUAAAAAACGCAUGAAAAAGACGGUCCCGGAGAAACUCGCCAGAUCGUCCCACUCAGACCAGAUCUAUAAACAGCCCAUUUUUCCGUCUCAAAAUUCCAUUAAUCCAAAACCCAUUUUUGUUCUUACACAUUACAAUCUCUGGUGCAUUUAAAUCAUCACUUGGAAAAAUGCUGCUUCUUGUCAUUGGUUGAGGAGAGAGAUUGGAUUGGUGGAUUUUUUUGGGCCUCUGUUUUGUUUGUUUCCUCUGUUUUUGUUUUGGCGGGGGUCCCACGGAAAUGAAUGGCGGGAUCGGAUUCGGCGCAGAAAUUCGUGAUGGGUUGGAUCAACCUUCGUCACCGACAUCGUCGUCGUCUUCCUCCACGCCGGCGAAGAUCACGGCCGUUAAUUCACCGCCUAGGUUCUCUGUCGGUGCCGGAGGACGCAGUUAUAUAGAGCACACGGUCACCAAAUUCGAUACACUUGCUGGCGUUGCUAUCAAAUACGGCGUCGAGGUUGCAGAUAUAAAGAGGAUUAAUGGUUUGGUAUCAGAUCUUCAGAUGUUUGCUCUAAAGACACUGCAAAUACCAUGUCCAGGGAGGCAUCCGCCAUCCCCCAACCUGUCGAAUGGUUUGGGCUCUCAAGGGCCUAGUAGCUCCGAGGAUAACCAUAGCACACGCAGGCAUUCUGAUUUAUUUGAUGCAUUUCCAUCACUGAGAUUGACACCUUCUCCUCAGCGUAGAGUGUCUCCCGCCAUGAGCAGCUUACAAGGCUUUUAUGGUCUUAAAAACUCAGAACAAAAAUCAGAAGGGUGUGAAAUGGCUGUUUAUCGAAAAGGAGGGUCUCAUUAUUUAGAGGAUGGGCCAUUUGGCAAGCCUUCAGGUGCUCUAAAUCCACCACUAAGUCUUCAUAGAAAAUCAAAAAGUGUUGCCAACGGUUUUGCAACAGAAAACGGCCACCUCGGUGAUAAUGGUCAGGAAAGUACGGAUAGUGACUCGGAUAAUUUGAUUGAUAAGCUUCUGGUGAGAAGGCGUCAGAAAUCUGAAGCUGAUUUUAAUGCCCGUACUCCAGAACUGUUGCUCAAGGAGGAUAAUGGCAGUAGUGGUAGUGGGUUUUUGGCAACUAAAGGCAAAGGCCUGGCUUUGAGACCCAAGUCAGCUAGUAGAACUCUAUCUGGUGCUGAUGCCGAAGCAGGUUUGCCAGCCCCGAUUCCUACAGGAAUGGGUGAUUCUUUUGUAAUCGACAGUGUUAGCGUUGUAAGGAAAUCGUCUAGCACAUCCAGUUUGCAAGAUUCAGAAAGUAACGGGUUGUCAUCCCUAUGGCCUACUUCAAAGUGGAGUUUGAAGCCAGAUCUACAGGCGCUUUCGAAUGCAGUCAUUACAAGACCAAUCUUUGAUGGUUUACCUAAGCCGAUAACUGGUCGAAAAAACAAGGCUGCACUUGAUUAGUAGAAUAUACUUGUGCCUGAUUGGUGGCAUUAUCUUUGCAAUUUGUUGAGGGAUCCAUAAUUGGAGAAAGAAAAAGAGAAAGUAGAAAUAAACUUUUAUGUGAUCAUUCCAUGAUCCAGCCUUUUAGUUCUGGCUGAAAGAUGCUCACAUUUCCGGGACCGUGUUAAAAAAGUUAAUUAUUAGGAAGGGAAAGAGUCAGCGUUCACUGUGAUUGGUUACAGGAUUUUGAUAUAGAAAAAAUGUUUUAUGGAUAUUGAAAAGUCAUAGAAACUGUAUAUCUAAUAGAUGUCUACUGAACUGAUCAUUGCAAAUGAGGAAAGAAUACUUUUUACUAUGUAUCUAUAGUAUUCUUUGAUUCUAUACUGUUUCAUCUACUUGUCUCUGAUAUGGAUAAUUCUUUCAGAUGGGGG